UAUAAAAUAAAGUAAAUGACGAAUAACACUAUUAUGAUAUUAUGUGAUGAAGAAAAUUUAAGUAAAUUUCAAUUGGAAAAUUUGAGCCGAAAAUGGGAAGCAUAUGAAAAGUUUAUUGAAAAUUUAGAUGAAAUGGUGAGAGAUUUAAAUAUUUCCACUGAUUAUUCAUCAAAUGAAGGGGAUAUCAAAGCAUCCAGUAAAUUUUCCGAUUUAUAUAAAUGGCGAGAAUCAAUGGCUUCUAAAUAUGAAGAAAAUGAUGAAAGCCCCAUACCUAACCUAUUACAAAACUCUUCAAAUCCCGAUAUGGCUAGCCAUUGUGUUUAUAGAAAUAGAUCUGGAAAGCUUAUUGUGGGCAAAAAACGUGGUAGAAAAUAUAAAGGCAUUAUCGAGAAAAGAGUUGUUAAUACUCAAAACAUAUACGAAAAACCAUAUUUAUCUUUAAAAUGUGACAGAAAUACAGAUUUGCAUGAUAAAAUUGCUCCAGAUUUAACAAAUUCUUCAGAUAAUAUUGGUAUUAAAUCAGAAACAGUUUAUAAUACUAGAAAGAGACAUUUUUCUGUAGAACAUUUAAAAUACCCAGAUGAAGAUACAUAUAGUACAAAACAUUCUAUGCAUAUAAAAAAAAGAAGAGGAAGACCAAAAAAAUUUAUUUUUGAUAAUUACAAUGUUUCGAAAAACAUAACAUAUAUGCCCGAGACUUCAUUUUUAAAUACUUCCAAAUCUGAAUUUUUUGAUAAUGUUCAAAAUAUUAAUGAAGUCAACAUUACAAAUAAUAACAUAAAACAAGUUAGUUUAUCAUCCUUAAAUAAUAAAGAUAUUCAAGAAUUUAAACAAGAAGCAGUUUCAGAUAAUGAUAAAAUUGAAAUUCUUUAUGCAAAUUUUAAAUUAAAAUAUGAAGAGAAUGUAAAAGUUUCUAAAAUUAAAAAUAAACCUUUUGUCAAUGAUAACAAUGAAAGUGAUCCUAAUAAAGAACAAAUUCCUGAUAUAUUAAUUCCUGACAAUGAUGAUCAAAAGCUCAACAUAAUAGCACCUAAUAUAUUGACACAUAUAUCAUCAAUAGAAUCAAAGUUGACUGAUAACAUUACAAACAGUUAUCCGCCGCCUACCUACGCAUCUAGCAACGAUGAUCAUGAUCCAAAUAUGGAAGCCGAUAUUUUCAUAAAAGUCAAAGGGAACAAGGGCAAGAAGGACACAAAAAGCCAAUGUACGCUUAUUUCUAGCACGGAGUCUAAUGUUUUUGAGAUCGUUAGAACGGCUACCCAGAGGGGUAGGCCCAUGUUCAUAGAUAAUAUGGGAUUCACUUACAAUAUUAAAAGGGUAAAGCCAGACGAAAUUAUAUGGAGAUGUAGUGUUCGUAAUAAAUACAUCGAGUGUUCUGCCAUCAUUCUCCAACAGAAAUCUGACGUGUCGAUUCCUUUCAAUGACGAAUUCUUUCAUCCCGAAAUGUCAUCGGAUUUGAGCCAAGCCAGUCCUUUCUCCCUUGUGGAUCAUUAUAUCAAAGCAUUUCCCCACCUGUUUAAAAUUGACUCCACAGAUGUUUGGUAUAAGGGGCCUAUUAAACACAUUCAUUCGCCAUUGAAAAGAGUGGUCAUUGAGAAGAUAAAAUUGACGGCCCAAAUUAAAGAUAUGGCCAGACAGAAUUAUUAUGAACAUCCAUCCCUAAUAUUAGACUCCAUGAUCUCUCCUAACAUUGAUAGCUACGAUAUUAACCCUACAAAUUCAACGGUAGAUUUUGACUUCAUUAAUUCUGACCACAUUGAAACUAAAGCAAUAACUGGUUGUUCUAUCACUGACGAUAAUUCUUUUAUCGCCCACGAUAACUCCUCUAACCUAAUCCUUCAAAACCCGUGUUCUUCCUUGUCGCCACGUCUGCCGUAUACACAAUCCUUACUCGUGAACGCCCAAAGGAAGGAAUUAGUCAAGGUUAUGGUCCGAGCUAGACACAAAGAAUUUUACCGGGAGAGGGAAAAAGCUAGAGAAUUGACUUCUAAGCGACAGAAUGCUCCCUUGACUUCUGGAAUCAGUCGAGGAAUCAAAUCCACGAAUAUGCUUAACAUCACUCAGACCCAUGAAAAUCCAUUUUUCGACGAUUCAGAAAAUUUGGGAUAUUAUUCAUCCACCAAACAAGACGAAUCUAAUGUCUUACACUACGAAAAGAAAGAAAAUAUCUAUUUCAAAUAAUUUUUUUUAGAAAAUUUUGUUUUGUUGUAUUAAAUUUUAUUUAUAUUUAUGUUUCUUUUAUUAAAUAUAAAAAAUUAAUUUCAAUUAUGAUUUUAUGUAAAUAUAGUAGUGUCGAAAUCCUAUUGUUUUUAUCAAUCUUGCAUCCCCCCCCCCCAAUA